AAACAGCGUCCCAUCCAAAACUCGCCCUUCCAUAUCAUUGUUCAAUUUUAUCCAACACCCCCAGCCAUCAAUUUACCACCAUGAGCUCUUCCCCCAGCCAUCCGACCACCACCACGAGCACUACCCCCCGUGAAACCCCCGGAAGCCCCGCCAACAAUUACGUUGCCACAGUUGACAAGUCUGUUGACGACCAUGUCCCCACUGCCGUCCAAAUCGACGUGGCAUCGGUCCCUUUGGGGGCCACCGUAGAUGACAACGGACUCGUGAUCGGCAAGUGGAAGUCCGACAUCUUUGGAUGCUUCAACGACCUUGUGCCCAACUGCUUGCUGGCCACGUUCUGUCCGUGUGUGUCUCUUGCUCAAACGUUGCACCGCAUCGGCAUGUACACGUUCAACACAGUGUUGAUCGUGUUUGCCGGUAUGUACCUGCUGUACCUGGUGUUUUACAUCCUCCAAUGCUCCGCGUCCUCGAGCAUUUCCUUCAACAGCAUGGGGUACCCCGUCGUGAGUGCCGCCGCGACCUUUUGGUGGUACAUCGCCCUCGCCCUUCAGAUCGCCGCCUUCGUCCUCUUCAUGGUCAUCCGCAUGCGGGUGCGCAAGGCGUUCCAAAUCCCCGGCACGCCCCUGGAAGACUGCGCGUGCUCGUUCUUCUGUUCGUGCUGCGUGCUAGCUCAAAUGGCCUCCCACACCGAAUCGUUUACCCCCAACCAAUGCACGUUCAGCCCCAAGGAUACGUUGCCAGGCUAUGAAUUUUAAGUUGUGUUCAAACGCAGGGCCACCGUAACCAGGUUGACGACGUCGUUGCCAGUCCUUGAAUAUACUACUUCGUACAUUUAGUUCAGUCAUCCCCUGACGUUUGCACUCCUGAGACAAUAUAGCCCAAAUUUGCUUGGCGCUGUGGAAAUGCUCUUAUUAGAGCAUAUCCAAAUCUCCACCACAUUCCAAUAUAUCUUAGGUAC